AUGGCUGAUAGUGUCAUCGCGCGCAAUGACGACAUAACAGACCAUCCGUCAUUCUCGGAUUAUCUCAAAAUUGGCUUCUUCCAAUCUGCGGUCUUGCGCGUCUUGGAUUACCAUGGAACGACUGAAAGCGCAUGCCCUGAUACAAACACGGACUGGGAGGAGUAUCUGGAGUCUAGCUCGGAGGGAUUACUCCCCUAUCUGACCAAUGCGACGCGAGAUACGGGAUAUCCGCUGGAUAGGUUUGCGACGGGCGAUGGGUUGACACAUUUGUACGACAAAUCGCAAAACACCACAGUCAGAAAUGCACUACACGCUCUCCGUCAAUCAGCCAACCUCCAAGCCCGAAACCAGUACGGUGGAUACUGGUUUUACACAUACCCGAACUGGAGCUAUCUCGACGGCACAUACUCCCUUCUCCCAUUUCUGGUAGAAUAUACACAGCGAUUCGAUCCUGGAAAUGCCACCGCCGUCGCAGGGGAUGUCAUUCAUCAGCUCGAGUUGUUGUGGACACAUUGUCAGGACCAAAGCACCUCUGCCAGUGAGGGUAAUGGCAGCGGGCUUCUAGUACAAGGUUACGACUCCACCAAGAAAGCCUCCUGGGCUAACCCUAUCACUGGGGGUAGUCCGUAUGUCUGGGGCAGAGCGCUAGGGUGGUAUUUCAUGGCGCUUGUUGAUGUGUUCGACAUUGUACACUCCCAUGAUAUCUUUCCGAAAGAACUGGAGUCAUAUAUCCGUCAACUAUAUACAAAAUUGGCGCAUGCUGUCCUCUCAGCCGCAGACAAAUACAACGGCUGCUGGUGGCAAGUCGUGACUCUGCCUCACGCAAAGGGGAAUUAUAUUGAGACGAGCGGGUCGGGGAUGCUUGUUUAUGGGUUGCUCAAGGGUUCUCGUCUCGGGUUGUUGUCUGCUGAAGAGGAGUAUACAGGCGUGGCAGAGAAAUGCUAUAACCAUAUGCUUCAGGAAUACGUGGUUGAUGAAGGCGAUGGGUUACUUGGGUUUAAUGGCACUGUCGGGGUGUGUAGCUUGAAUUCAAGCGCGACUUACGAGUACUAUGUCAAUGAGCCGGUGGCGUAUAACAGCCUGCAUGGGAUCGCGGCGUUCACAUUGGCGAGUCUGGAGCAUGAAAUGCGGUCUAACUGA